GUUUACCCAUCAACAUAUGGGACGAAAUAGUUCACAUGUUGGUUAGUUUGUUAUUCAUGAAGGGGGUCUUUAGGUAGUUUUGCUUCAUGUCCACAGUGUUGGUGUCUAUAUAAACUUUGCAUUUAGAGAAAAAAGUGCACAUAUAAGCCAAGCCCACCGAGUCCUGUACUUGGUGCGCGUGACCAGGAAGUAAACAUUGAAGAGGCUGUGCGUCACCAGGAAAGAAAACUGAACAGAGGCAAGAAAAAAAAUCCAAAUUACAAUUCGGAGAGAAUAGAAAACGUGUCUUUAUAUUUAAAUUAAUUUUUCAUAAAAAUAGGUGUAUAGAAUGAGGCUGUUAAUAGCUAACGUCACAUGACAAGCAACCAGUUUUGGAAAGCUGGAUACCAACAAUUCCAGCCGACUAGAUAGCUAUUACCUAACUGGAUAUCUUUUUGUACUAACGGUAUUGCCUUUUAGUUCAUAUUUAUCAUACUUUCAAGACCAAGUCAUGGUUUCUCUGAUCUGCACCUUACAAGACCAUCGCGAUGAUGUCAACUGGUGCGCGUUCUCUGCAACGCUGCUGGCCACCUGCUCAGCGGACAAAACGUUGCGUAUUUACCACACCCGAGACUUUUCCGAGGUGUCAUACUCCCCGCUUUCCGGCCACGGCUACGGCGUCCACUGCUGUUGCUUCAGCGCAUGUGGUCAGUAUUUAGCCUCCUGUUCAACAGAUGGGUCAACGGUAGUUUGGUCAACUGUGACGGGUGAGAUCGAGGCAGUACUCGAGCAUCCAGGUAGAAGUCCCGUCAGGGUCUGCGCCUUCUCGCCCGACUCUUCCCACUUGGUUUCCGGGGCGUCUGAUGGUACCUUGGCUCUUUGGGAUUUCACCACGAAAACACUGGACAGGAUAAAGCCAGUGGACGAUGUCACUAUGGUGGCCUGCUCGUUCACCCCAUGUGGCCAGAUGUUUAUGACUGGAUCUACAUAUGGAGACCUCCGGCUGUGGGACCUGAGUAUGAACCAGCUGCACGCGGAGAAGGACACUCAUGACAUGGGCGUGAGCUGUUGCUGCUUCGGCCCCAAGAUCCUCAGUGGUGGCGGCGCGGUAGAGUUCCGCCUGGCCUCGUGUGGACAAGACAGCACGCUGAAGAUCUGGAUCGUGUCCCGGUCUAGCACGGGUGGUUGUAAGAUGCAGCAGAUUCACUCCCUGACUGGCCAGUCUGCCCCAGUUCUUUCCUGUUCUUUCUCGGCGGACGGACAGCUGCUUGUGUCUGGUCUCUGGAAGGCACCCUCUGUGUUUCGCCAAAUGGUGCGUGACAACGGAGGGCCCUCGGAGCAAGUUGGUGGGGACGAGGGGCUAGUUUGCCGUUCCCAGUUGAACGUUAAAAUCUCUGUGGACAAAACCGUCACAGUGUAUGACGCUAGCCGAGGGGCUUUGCUCUACACUUUGAACCAACACAAAAGGUACGUGACAGCGUGCGCCUUCUCACCCACGGCGCCUCUGUUCGCCACCGGUUCUAUGGACAAGACGGUGAAUAUCUGGAGAGUAGAGGAGCGACCUGGUGGCCAUGACGGCAAACAUUUUCACGUCGAACCUGCCACAUCUUCACACGAAGGCGGGAAAUUGCCAGGUCACUCCAGGCUGCUGGUCAGUGAUUGGUCAGAGGAGGACGUGGGGGCGUGGCUUCGUGAGGAGGGUCUGGAAGCGCUGGUGGAAACCUUCAAGGCAAACAACAUUGACGGAGUUGAGCUCAUUGGUCUUACCAAGGAGAGCCUCUGCUCAGAACUCAACAUAGAGUCGGUGGGGCUGCGCAGUAAGGUCCUGAGGAAGGUGGAGGAGCUGAAGGCGGGGUGUGUGUGUACUGGCGUUCCGGAUGAAUUCCUCUGUCCAAUCACCAGGGAGCUGAUGAUGGACCCGGUCAUCGCCGCAGAUGGUUACUCCUAUGAGAGGGCAGCAAUUGAGAGUUGGAUCGCAACCAAAAAUCGUUCCAGCCCCAUGACCAACCUCCCCUUACAGACGACCUUACUGACCCCAAACAGAACCCUCAAGAUGGCUAUUGGUCGUUGGAGGACCAGCCAAUAAGACAUGCUGUAGCCUCAGAGCUCCUAAACCUUUUCAUGGAUGAUACUUGGGUUAACAAGAGAAGCCUUCUACAGUAUGAGUAAAUGUAUUAUAUGACUAAUAUAAUGGCUACAGCUGAAGCUGUUACAUGCAUGGGUGUUUUGAAAUGAGUGGAUGGUGAGAAGAAGUUGUGAAAGGCAAGACAGAAGUCAUUUGAUUUUCCAAAGAGAUUUAUUUUUAUUUUUCCAUGAUUGUGGUAUUAGUGCUUGAGCAUAGUCUGUAUAAUGUAGCGUCGCUCAAAAAUCAUAUGGCAACGAUUUACAGGAAAUGCAGUGACUGAAUAAGUAUCACCCCACCCCUUUUUACUUUUUCACAUUUUGUUGCAUUUGAAAGUAGUAGUAGUAAUAAUAAUAAUAAUAAUAAUAAUAAUAAUAAUAAAUCCAAUAAGAAUACAAGUUAAUAAUAAUAAUAAUACAAUCCUAGAAAUGUAUAGAAAAUGAAUAACUAAAGGAUAGCCAUCAAAUUUUUCUUCACCCAUUUGUUUCCUAAUUGCAAAGCUACAAAUUUGGGAGAGAUACAAAACAUUACUGGGUAACUGUCCCCUAAUUGUCAAGCCUGGGGGUGGCUACAUCAUGGCGUGGGUCUGCUUUACAUCUGCCAUCCACAAGACACAAGAGAAGCAGCUAAAAACAGGGAAUAUGUGCUUACUGUAACUAAAUGAAGCAGCUAGAGCAAACACUGCUUCAAUCUGUUUUAGACAUUGGAAGAAUAUUUAUUUUCAGCAAAACAACCCACCACACAUUUUUUUUAAAACAAAAACAGAGUGAAUGUUCCUGAGUGGCCCAAAUUAGGAGAAUUAAAUGGGUUUGAAAAUCCAUGUAAAGACUUGAAAAUUGCUAUCUAGCCAUGAUGACCAAAAUUAGAUGAGCCUGGAGAGGUUUGUAAAGAAUAUGGCAUCAUCCAGGUGUUCAGAGCUUUUAGAGACUCACACAGACACAGAUAUAAUCACUGCUAGUGAGGUGUUUUUAACUUGUAGUUACUCUGCAGGGUGAAUACUUAUCUAAUCAAGGAAUGCAAGUGUUUUGUUUUUGAUAUUCAAUCAAAUCCAUUUUAAUAACACUUUGUAAUGCAACGAAAUGUGAAAAUGUCAAAGGGGGUGAACACUCCAUUGUAUGAUAUCACUCUCCCAUUGCUACAGCAACAGCCUCCUAAGCUCCCUGUAUCUUACUGUAAACUGUAAUGUUGUGUGCACAUAAAUUAAACAAAUCCAUCAACCUG